AUGAGAAUCGCUUUACUUUGCAGAGAGUUUGGCCGCUGGAAAGUAAACAAUCUUGCUGUUGAAAGAAGAAAUUUCCUUGGCUCCCCACUGCCACUUGCCCCUGAAUUCUUCCGUAACAUAAGGCUACUAGGACGCCGCCCGACACUUCAACAGAUCACAGAAAACCUUAUCAAGAAGUAUGGGACACACUUCCUACUAUCAGCUACCUUGGGAGGAGAGGAGUCACUCACAAUUUUUGUGGACAAAAGGAAGCUGAGCAAGAGGUCAGAAGGAAGUGAUCCCAGCACCAACAGCUCUGCAGUGACUCUGGAGACUCUGCACCAGCUUGCAGCCUCCUACUUCAUUGACAGGGACAGCACUCUGCGCAGACUCCACCACAUCCAGAUAGCCUCCACUGCCAUAAAGGUAACAGAAACGCGGACUGGUCCUCUUGGCUGCAGUAACUAUGACAACCUAGAUUCUGUCAGUUCUGUUCUGGUUCAGAGUCCUGAAAAUAAGAUUCAGUUGCAAGGUCUUCAGGUCAUCCUCCCUGAGUAUCUUCAAGAACAUUUUGUCCAGGCAGCUCUGAGCUAUAUUGCCUGCAAUUCAGAGGGGGAGUUCAUUUGCAAGGACAAUGACUGCUGGUGUCAGUGUGGCCCCAAAUUCCCAGAGUGCAACUGUCCCUACAUGGACAUUCAAGCCAUGGAAGAAAAUCUGCUCCGCAUAAGUGAAACUUGGAACGCAUACAACAGUGAAUUUGAAGAAUCUGAUGAAUUCAAAUUAUUUAUGAAGAGGCUGCCCAUGAAUUAUUUCUUGAACACAUCUACUGUAAUGCAUUUGUGGACAAUGGAUUCUAAUUUUCAACGUCGCUAUGAGCAACUAGAAAACAGCAUGAAGCAGCUCUUCCUCAAGGCACAGAAAAUUGUUCACAAGCUCUUUGGCCUUAGUAAGAGAUGCCAUAAACAGCCACUCAUCCGCAUGCCAAGGCAAAGAUCUUCCAACUAUUGGCUCAACCGCAUCCAGUCCUUUCUCUACUGCAAUGAAAAUGGCCUCCUGGGGAGCUUUUCUGAAGAGACUCACACAUGUACCUGCCCUAAUGAUCAAGUUGCCUGCCAUGGGUUCCUUCCCUGCACGAUUGGAGAUGGUUCUGCAUGUUUGAGCUGUGCCCCUGACAACCGCACCCGCUGUGGGAGCUGCAAUGCUGGAUACAUGCUAAGCCAAGGGAUUUGCAAGCCUGAAGUGGCAGAAUCAACAGAACACUACAUUGGGUUUGAGACUGAUCUUCAGGACUUGGAAAUGAAGUAUUUACUGCAGAAGACAGAUCGGAGAAUUGAGGUCCAUGCAAUUUUCAUCAGCAAUGACAUGCGCCUCAACAGCUGGUUUGAUCCUUCCUGGCGCAAGCGGAUGCUCCUUACCCUUAAGAGUAACAAGUACAAGUCUAGCCUGGUUCAUAUGAUACUGGGCCUCUCUCUUCAAAUCUGCCUAACUAAAAACAGCACCUUAGAGCCUGUUCUUGCUGUUUACAUCAACCCUUUUGGGGGCAGCCACUCUGAGAGCUGGUUUAUGCCUGUGAAUGAAAAUAAUUUCCCAGACUGGGAGCGGACUAAGCUGGACUUACCCCUUCAGUGUUAUAACUGGACACUGACUCUGGGCAACAAGUGGAAGACAUUUUUUGAAACAGUACACAUCUAUCUGAGGAGUCGAAUAAAGUCAAAUGGUCCAAAUGGCAAUGAGAGCAUCUACUAUGAACCCCUGGAAUUUAUUGAUCCCUCAAGAAAUCUGGGCUACAUGAAAAUCAAUAACAUCCAAGUGUUUGGCUACAGCAUGCACUUUGACCCAGAAGCAAUUCGAGACUUGAUUUUGCAGCUGGACUACCCCUAUACUCAGGGAUCACAGGACUCAGCACUUUUGCAGCUGUUAGAGAUACGUGAUCGUGUAAAUAAACUCUCUCCACCUGGUCAACGUCGUCUAGACCUCUUCUCUUGCUUGCUCCGUCAUAGACUCAAACUGUCUACCAGUGAAGUGGUGAGGAUUCAAUCUGCUUUGCAGGCAUUUAAUGCCAAAUUGCCAAACACAGUGGAUUAUGACACAACCAAAUUAUGUAGUUAACCAUAAAUGUGAAGCACAACACAAAACCUUGAAGGAGUUUUUACAGUGCUUUUGUGGAACAGUUUAUGUUUGGAAGAGUAAAUUUAAAUUGUCUUUUCAAUAUCUGUCUUAUAUCAGUCAAUACUGUUGGAUGGCAAUUUACACACAUGAACUUGCUGACAAUGAAUAUAUUAUACCUGCAGUUUUGGUUUAUGAAUGAAAUAAAUACUGACACCAGUCUAGAAGACAUUCUACUUUUUACAAUAAAUUUCAUUUGUAAUUUUAUAUGUUCCGUGGCAAUGCUUUUGUGCAUUACAUCCUCUAGAGGGAACAUAGAAGGAUACCAAUAAAAUUUUGUAGCUGAACAGUUA